AUGGUUUGCUAUCGUCGAUGGGGACAUAAUGAGUUGGAUGAUCCAUCCUUCACGCAGCCGAUUAUGUAUAGGGUAAUAGAGAGUCGUGAAUCGGUGCCGAGACAGUAUGCUGACGAGUUAAUAAACCAAGGCUUGCUCACAGAAGAUGAAGUCAAGCAAGAGAAGGAUGUGCACACUGCCAAACUUAUGGAGUCAUUCAAAGCUACUGAUUCGGCCCCACCUGUAGCGAAGCUACUGGAAGGCAACUGGAAAGGCUUCGUGCAGGCUCCACCUUACAUACAGAAGUGGGACACCGGUUGUGACACGAAUCUGCUGAAAUACAUCGGAGCUGCCUCAGUCAAAGUACCGGAAGGUUUUAAUGUACAUCCUCAUCUCCAGAAAACUCAUUGUGAAGCUCGGAUCCAGAAAAUGAUCUCUGGGGAAGGUAUCGACUGGGGUACUGCCGAGUCACUGGCUUUUGGGUCGCUAAUGUUAGAAGGAAACGACGUUCGUAUCAGUGGUCAAGAUGUUGGUCGAGCAACUUUCAGCUUUCGACAUGCAAUGCUCGUGGACAAUAAGUCUGAUCUGACUCACAUACCUCUCAAUUUCAUUUCCGAUGACCAGAAAGGAUAUCUUGAGGUAGCGAAUAACCUCUUGUCGGAGGAAGCUAUUCUCGGUUAUGAAUUUGGCUUCUCUCUCGAUCAUCCACGGCGGUUGUGCAUAUGGGAAGCUCAGUUUGGUGAUUUCUUCAAUGGCGCCCAAAUUAUCAUUGAUACAUUCCUGGCCAGUGCUGAAGGCAAAUGGUUGACUCAAUCUGGUCUGACUUUGCUUUUACCUCACGGAAUCGAUGGAGCCGGACCCGAACACAGCACGUGUCGAAUGGAGAGAUUCUUGCAACUAUGUGAUUCCCGUGAAGAUCAAGUGCCGGUUGAUGGUGAAAAUGUGAAUAUGCGGGUGGCUAACCCCACGACGUCAGCACAGUACUUCCAUCUUCUUCGGAGGCAGCGUAUGUUCUAUCUCAUUUUCGAUUCCAGUUCUGUUGGUGCUUUUGUUCAAUAUCAUGAAUAG